CCCCGCGCGCUCGCUUGCGCUCCGGAGGUCUCAGGCCCUGGAAGGUAUGCGUGUCCUCCGGACGCUGGGCGCGGGCUCCUGAAGAACGUCGCGCGUGGAUCCCGGCGCCUCGGCAGCCUCCAUUCAUCUGCCAGCUGCGCGCUCGCCGCCUCCGCGCCCCGCCUCGGCGUCGCCUCCUCCCGUCCCCUCUCUGCAGCCCUUUCCCCACUCCUCGGGUGAGGAGGUUCUCCUGGAAGCGUAGGUGUCGGUUAUGAGCCCGGCUUCUCUCCCUUGAAGCUCUCGGUAGAGGAAGUCGGGGUGACCCGCCGCGCCCCGAGCAUGGGGGUGAACGCCGUGCAUUGGUUCCGAAAGGGACUCCGGCUCCACGACAACCCCGCCCUGAAAGAGUGCAUCCAGGGCGCCGACACUAUCCGCUGCGUCUACAUCCUCGACCCCUGGUUCGCCGGCUCUUCCAACGUGGGCAUCAACAGGUGGCGAUUUUUGCUUCAGUGUCUUGAGGAUCUUGAUGCCAAUCUACGAAAAUUAAAUUCUCGUCUGUUUGUGAUUCGGGGACAGCCAGCUGAUGUAUUUCCCAGGCUUUUCAAGGAAUGGAACAUCACUAAACUCUCAAUUGAGUAUGAUUCAGAGCCUUUUGGGAAGGAACGAGAUGCAGCUAUCAAGAAGCUGGCCACUGAGGCUGGCGUGGAAGUCAUCGUGCGCAUUUCACAUACGCUGUAUGACCUGGACAAGAUCAUAGAACUCAAUGGCGGACAGCCACCUCUAACAUAUAAAAGGUUUCAGACUCUUGUCAGCAAGAUGGAGCCACUGGAGAUGCCAGCAGAUACCAUCACAUCAGAUGUGAUAGGAAAGUGCACGACCCCUCUGUCUGAUGACCAUGAUGAGAAAUAUGGAGUUCCUUCCCUGGAAGAGCUUGGCUUUGAUACAGAUGGCCUGUCCUCUGCAGUGUGGCCAGGAGGAGAAACUGAGGCACUUACACGUUUGGAAAGGCAUUUGGAAAGAAAGGCCUGGGUGGCAAACUUUGAAAGACCUCGAAUGAAUGCAAACUCCCUGCUUGCAAGCCCCACUGGACUCAGUCCUUAUCUCCGCUUUGGUUGUUUAUCAUGUCGGCUGUUUUAUUUCAAACUAACAGAUCUCUACAAAAAGGUAAAGAAGAAUAGUUCCCCUCCCCUUUCUCUUUAUGGGCAACUCCUGUGGCGCGAAUUCUUUUAUACAGCAGCCACAAACAACCCACGCUUUGACAAAAUGGAAGGGAACCCCAUCUGUGUUCAGAUCCCUUGGGACAAGAACCCUGAGGCUCUGGCCAAAUGGGCAGAAGGCCGGACAGGCUUCCCGUGGAUUGAUGCCAUCAUGACCCAGCUUCGUCAGGAGGGCUGGAUCCACCAUUUAGCCAGACACGCGGUCGCGUGCUUCCUGACUCGUGGUGACCUGUGGGUCAGCUGGGAAGAAGGGAUGAAGGUCUUUGAAGAGUUACUGCUUGAUGCCGAUUGGAGCAUAAAUGCUGGAAGUUGGAUGUGGCUGUCCUGCAGUUCCUUUUUUCAACAGUUUUUCCACUGCUACUGCCCUGUGGGGUUUGGUAGGAGGACAGAUCCCAAUGGAGACUAUAUUAGGCGUUAUUUGCCUGUCCUAAGAGGCUUCCCUGCAAAAUAUAUCUACGAUCCUUGGAAUGCACCAGAAGGCAUCCAGAAGGUAGCCAAGUGUCUGAUAGGAGUUAAUUACCCCAAACCAAUGGUGAACCAUGCUGAGGCAAGCCGAUUGAAUAUUGAAAGAAUGAAGCAGAUUUAUCAACAGCUUUCCCGGUACAGAGGGCUAGGUCUUCUCGCCUCAGUCCCUUCUAACUCUAAUGGGAAUGGAGGGCUCAUGGGCUAUGCUCCUGGAGAGAGCGUCCCGAGCUGUAGCGGCGGCGGGAAUGGAGGGCUCGUGGGCUAUGCUCCUGGAGAGAAUAUCCCAAGCUGUAGCGGCGGUGGUGGAAAUUGCUCUCAAGGAAGUGGUAUUUUACACUACACUCAUGGAGACAGUCAGCAGACUCACCCACUGAAGCAAGGGAGAAGCUCUGCAGGCACCGGCCUCAGCAGUGGGAAGCGCCCUAGUCAGGAGGAGGAUGCCCAGAGUGUCGGCCCCAAAGUCCAGCGACAGAGCAGUAACUGAUACG